UUAAACUGAUAAAAUUGUUCUUUCCUAUUUUUAGGGAUUCAUCAUAUGAUUGCCAGGAGCCAAAGGAGACAGCAAGAAAAUUGCCUUGCUUUAGCUGUUUUACUGCUGUGUUUUCUUUCUUACAUGGGUGAAAGUAGCAGAAAUUGCCCACAGUCAAAAAUGACGGUCCAAUACGUAAAACGUUGUCCAGGAACACGGAAUGAGUGGAUGGAUGCAGCCGUGAGAAAGAAUUGCACAAGCAUUUCUCAAGAUUGCGUUUAACCAGAACACUUUCAAUACCAUUGUGUGAUUAAUUCACUCAUGAAUGCAACAAUGGAAGUGUGUAUACCAAUUUGGUUUUGUAUAGGAUUUUGUGCAGAAUACAACCUACAAGGAGAAAGAAUUCAGGACAAUUUCAAUGCACCAUGUACAACAUUCUCAAAACCAUGCCCUCCAAGAUAUCUGUCUUCUGAUGCAUAUUUAUAUCAAGAAUGUUACAGAUUAGUAGAGAUUCAGAAGAAGAAAUCGGUUUUUGUUGUUACUACAGAAGAUAAUGGCAUCAGACAGGAUGUACCAAACAAUGGAACAGAAACCAUCAUUAUUGUGUCAAUACUUUGCACUAUUGCUGCUCUGUUAUCAAUGCUUGCGGUGAUAUUGUACAGAAGACAACGUGAAAGAAGAUCAAACAAUGUGAGGACUCAUGAUGAGGAAAUUGAAGAUGAUGACCUGAUGAUAUCUGAAACAAAUAAUAUAUGAUAUUUACUUUAGAUCUCUCUCUCUCUUCAUAUUUAUGUGAUAUUUGCUUCCAAAUAUUUCCCUACUUUUAAUGACACGUUUUUUCUGUAUAAAACUAUUGUUCAUCAAUCUACAAUACAAUAUUCCAAAUGUAUAUUUUCAUGCUGUUAUUCAAAUUAAUUAUGAAUGUAAAAAAAUAUUUCAAAAGAAUUAUCAGCAUGCAGUAUCAGCAAAAAACUCUAAACACAGAAAAAGAUAAAUAUUAACAUAAAAUAUUUCUAAACAAUAAAAAGUUGAUUGAUGAGUUCUUAUAAACGCAUAGUCAAUUGAAUGAUCACUUGAUAUUAGAUUUGUUCGACUUUUCAUCAAAUGGUUUUUGAUUGGUUAUUUUUAUUUUUGCUGUUUGGACAAAUUAGCUUUUUUCCCUGAUAGUUUGAUUAGGUUAUUUGCAAUUUUAGGAGGGGGUUGGGUAAUAGUGUUUAAUUUCUUGGUACAUGUCAAAUAUAGUGUUUUUCAAUUAAAGACGGAAAUCAUUUCUUCCUUAAAAAUGUACAAAAGUGUUUUAGCCAUACGAGUAUGUUUAUAUCAACAAAUGAUAUUAUUU